AUGUAGUUGUGGAACUAAACUUUUGUUGUGUGGUUCUGUAUUGAGGUUGGCCUAAGCUGAAACAGGAGAGAUCCUCUUAUGGUGACACUGGUACAAAUCUCUUAUCUCUCUCUCUCUCUCUUUGUCUUCUAUCUCUUCAUUUAUUAACUUUGGUGAUGGGUGGUGGUAAAUUCUGAUCAAUUUGGAUAAAGUUUAGUACUUUUUGGAGAAGGGUUGAUAAGUUUGAAGGGAGUUGUGAACUGUGAUCAAGUUUAGUGUUUGAAAGGUGAAAGAUGAGAUUUUUUUGAUCUUGUUAUUGAUUUUUUGUUGGGUUUUUUGUGACCAAUGAAAUGAGGUUUGAGUUAACAUGGUGGUGAUGGAGUUGCAUGAGUGUGAAAGAAGUUGGAAGAGUUUUGUAUUUGUUGGAUUUGUUGAGUUUUGUAUACAUGCAAGUGCAAUUACUCUAAGUGGAUAAAGAUGGAGGAUAAUUCUGAGAGUUCUAGGGCUUUGAAUAGUUCUGGAGUUUCAGAUAGGAAUCAAAGGCAAAACCGUUUUUCCGGCGAGGGAUCGGAGGAUUCUAGGUUUAGAAAGGAAAGAGAUUGGAUUCAUGGUGCACAGCAAGUUGAUCUAAACAAAACCUUAGGAGGGUUUUGUGAGGAUGAAGUUGAGAAUGACCCUUUCAUUUCUUCGGUAGAAUGGGAUGAUAUUAGCUUGAGGCAGUGGUUGGAUAAGCCCGAUCGAUCGGUUGAUUUCUUCGAGUGCUUGCAUGUGUUUAGACAAAUAGUAGAAAUCGUUAAUGCGGCACAUUGUCAAGGUGUUGUUGUUCAUAACGUGAGGCCUUCAUGCUUUGUCAUGUCGUCUUUCAACCAUAUCUCGUUUAUUGAAUCGGCUUCUUGUUCGGAUACUGGUUCGGAUUCUUUAGGAGAUGGAAUGAAUGGCGAACAAGGUGUUGAGGUUAAGACUCCGACGUCUCACUGUCCUCGUGAUAUUAUGCAUCCGCAGAGUUUAGGAGGUGAAGAGUUUUUGCCUGCCAAGAUUUCGACGGCUGCUCGGUCUGAUUCUAGUUGCAUGCUGUCAAGUGCUGUGUAUGCAGCUCGUGCGUCGUUAAUAGAAGAAACAGAAGAGAAUAAAAUGAAAGAUAGGAGGAAGGAUGAAGAAGUGGAAGUAAAGAAGCAAUCGUUUCCGAUGAAACAAAUACUGCAAAUGGAGAUGAGUUGGUACACUAGUCCUGAAGAGGUUGCCGGUACUCCGAGUUCAUGUGCUUCGGAUGUUUACAGAUUAGGGAUUCUUCUAUUCGAGCUAUUCUGUCCAUUGAGCUCAAGAGAAGAGAAAAGUAGAACAAUGUCUAGUCUUAGGCAUAGAGUUCUUCCUCCGCAGUUACUUCUAAAAUGGCCUAAGGAAGCUUCGUUUUGCUUAUGGUUACUACAUCCCGACCCUAGCAGUCGUCCAACACUAGGUGAGUUGUUGCAAAGCGAGUUCCUUAAUGAACAGCGCGAUGAUAUGGAAGAACGUGAAGCAGCAAUAGAGAUUAGACAAAAGAUAGAAGAUCAGGAGUUGUUACUCGAAUUCCUUGCGUUACUUAGACAAAGAAAACAGGAAGUUGCUGAAAAACUGCAACACACUAUCUCUUUUCUGUCUUCAGAUAUCGAAGAAGUGGCCAAGAAGCAAACUAGGUUUAAAGAGAUUUCCGGUGUUGAACUAGGGAGCGACGAUCGUUCAGCAUCAACAUUUCCAUCCAUGACAGUUAUCGAUAGCGAAGAUUCUGCAUGUUUAGGAACUAGAAAACGAGUCAGAUUAGGGGUGCAUGUUGAUGAAUGUGACGAUAACACGGGGAAUGAUCAGAGAAAUCCGGGAAGUUUUCUUUCAAAAAGUUCACGACUAAUGAAAAACUUCAAGAAACUCGAGUCAGCGUACUUUUUAACGCGAUGCAAACCAACAUAUUCCUUGGGGAGACAGGCGGUUAGACAUUCAUCUAUAGCAAAUGAUGGGAGAGGAUCUGUUGUCAUAAAUGAAAGAAGUAGCAUCAAUAACUUGGCCUUGAAAGAGAAAGGAAGGGACGGCGGUGCAAGUGGUUGGAUAAACCCUUUCCUCGAGGGUUUGUGCAAGUACUUAUCUUUCAGUAAGGUCAAGGUAAAAGCUGACCUAAAGCAAGGAGAUCUUUUGCAUUCGUCCAACCUAGUAUGCUCGCUCAGUUUCGAUCGCGACGGAGAAUUUUUCGCAACCGCCGGUGUGAAUAAAAAAAUCAAAAUAUUUGAAUGUGAUACAAUCAUAAACGAGGAUCGUGAUAUCCACUAUCCGGUAGUAGAGAUGGCUUGCAGGUCAAAGUUGAGCAGUUUAUGUUGGAAUACAUACAUCAAAAGUCAAAUUGCUUCUAGUAACUUUGAAGGUGUUGUACAGUUAUGGGACGUUACGAGAAGUCAAGUACUAUCUGAAAUGAGGGAGCACGAGCGGCGAGUGUGGUCGAUUGAUUUCUCAUCAGCAGAUCCAACAAUGUUGGCAAGUGGAAGCGACGACGGUUGCGUUAAGCUAUGGAGUAUCAAUCAGGGAGUUAGUAUCGGCACCAUCAAAACAAAGGCGAACGUAUGCUGUGUUCAGUUUCCUCUCGAUUCCGCUCGCUACCUUGCAUUUGGUUCCGCGGAUCACCGGAUAUAUUACUACGAUCUACGCAAUUUAAGAGCACCGCUUUGUACUUUAGUCGGACAUAAUAAGACAGUGAGCUACAUCAAGUUUGUAGACAAUGUCAACCUUGUCUCCGCGUCCACAGACAACACUUUGAAGCUUUGGGAUUUGUCUACGUGUACAUCUCGAGUUAUCGACUCGCCGAUUCAAUCGUUCACUGGUCACACGAAUGUUAAGAACUUCGUGGGAUUAUCGGUAUCGGAUGGUUAUAUUGCAACUGGUUCAGAGACAAAUGAGGUGUUUAUAUAUCACAAGGCCUUCCCUAUGCCAGCAUUGCAAUUCAAGUUUCAGAACACAGAUCCGAUAUCCGGCCACGAAGUGGACGAUGCGGCACAGUUUGUCUCCUCGGUUUGUUGGCGUGGUCAGUCGCCAACAUUAAUCGCGGCAAACUCGACAGGGAAUGUUAAGAUUCUGGAGAUGGUUUGAGUUAACCUCUACACAACAAUCUAAAUGAUUCAUAGUUUUGUGUAAGAGAACCAAGAACAUAUUCAAUUGUUAUAAUAUAGGGGUAUACAAGUUCCUUCAUUAUUACUUGCAAGUUGUAACAUAACAAAUUUUUGCAUUAUUAUUGUUAGAUUAUAGCUGAAACAGGUGAAAGAGAAGAGUGAGAUUGAUAAGGAAGAAAAAAAAAUUGUUGUAGAUAAAGUGGCAUAUGGAAAAAUGUAAAAGAGGUCAAAAUCUAUAUGGGAUUUUAUUAUGGUUUUGAUCCAUAUUCAAUUUUACAUAUUUAUUUUUCCUA